AUGCGCACAACAAUUGAAGAUGUUGACAAGAAGCGAAAGGAAAAAGCUUCUCCUUCAACGUCAAAUCCUAAAAGGAGAAAGCAACCAACUCAGAAGAGAAAGACCCCCACUCCAAGUGCAAGCGAAGGUUCGGAGGCUGAUACUCAGUCAGACAUUUAUGUUGAGGAGGAUGAUAAAGUUCGCAACGAGGAUGAACAUAUUCACAACAAAGAAGAGACAUCCAAUCCUGAGGUAACUCAAAAUUUUAACGAUUCAGUUCCUUUUCCUCCUACUUCACCUAAAACUACAUCUAUCCUGAUUACCAUUGCACUAUGCCUUCCACCCGUUUCUUCACAACAAAAAACUAGCAUUCCUCUUUCAAUCUCAAUGUUCACUGAUUCUAUAGUUCCACCUACUACCUCUACCACACCUUUUGUUUCAGUCAAUGUAUCUGAUAUGGGGGCUAAAACUUCAGGUUUCUCAACCCAUGUUACACCUUUUGUUUCCCCUCAUAACCGAGCUGACCCAUAUAUGAUCUUUUAUGAUGCUGAAGAUGAAGAUCAUGGAGGAUAA